GCAACGGGCGGGCGGGCCAGGGUGAAACCGUGGGGGCUAAGCCGCUGCGGUGGCCUAAGGCGGAGGUGAGGAGCUGUCCGUCCCCACGUCCUGGGCCGGGAAGGUGGGACUCCUUGGGUUGAGAGAGAGAUUCUCCUCCCAAACCCGAUCUCUGAUCUGCCUUGUGGCUAGUCCCAGCUCCCACCCCCGACCUCUCGGACUGACCCCUGCCCCCCCCGUCCCCGCCCCGGGGCACUGCUGGGUACCGGCUGCCCCAAUCGGAACUGGAGCCCGGGCCGGAGCGAUGUUCCCCGUGAAGGUGAAAGUGGAGAAGUCAGAAUUGGAGAUGUCCAAAGCCAGGAACCACUUGGAUGCCGUCCUGCAGUGUUUGCUGGAGAAGAGUGAUGUGGACCGGGAACAGCUGGAGGAGGAGGCCGGGAAAACACCUUCCGAUGCUCACAGCAAGGACUGCUCCAUCACAUCUGCUGGCAAACGGUAACCUCCCCCGGGCGUUCCGGCUGGGGGAGAGGCCAUCAGCCAGGUUCCCCCAUCACCGGAGGAAGAAGAGGAAGGAGAUGGAAGAUGGGUUGGCAGAGGGGGGACAGCAGAGACCCAACACUUAUACCAUCAAGCUAUUUGACCGAAGUGUGGACCUGGCCCAGUUCAGUGAGAACACGCCACUUUACCCCAUCUGCCGGGCCUGGAUGAGGAACUGCCCCUCUGUGCGGGAGCCAGAGCGGUCUCCUAGCCCCCCUGCCCCUCCCCGGCCAGAGGAUGAGGAGGGCACGGAGGUCAGCAACGGGAAGAGCAGAGACGUGUACAAGCUGCCACCCCCCACCGCCCCCUGCCCUCCUGGUGAAGCCCCUAGCCCCAGAAUCCCCUCCCCACUUCGGCCAGAGCGCCAGGAGGCCUCUGAGGACCCACCCCCUGAGACAGCCCCAACCAUGUCCUCCCUCAUCUACCGUAACAUGGAGCGCUGGAAACGCAUCAGGCAGAGGUGGAAGGAGGCCUCCCACCGGAACCAGCUGCGCUACUCGGAGAGCAUGAAGAUUCUAAGGGAGAUGUAUGAGCGCCAGUGACCCUGCGCUGGACCCUCCCCAAAUAAAAGUGCCCCCCCCC